AAAGCACAGCAUCUAUCUCCCAAGGCCCUGUGAAGAGGGCCUGCGGCAAUAUACAUACAACAUGUACACCUGGGACAUAAUAAAUAUCCAGCCAAUGAUGAUGAUCGUCGUCAUCCUCAGUACUGCUCUCUUCGUCUUUCCCAUGGAAAAUCCAGGUUGCGGAUUGGGGAUUUUCUAAUACAUUGAUGCCAAAACCACUUUGUCCAGAAGCUGUUCCAGGGCAUCCAUGACUAAACCUGGCUCCAUCACAAGGUACACAAGCUCAUACUCUCCUCAACCACAAGGUGGGGGCAAGCGGAGGGAUUCUCCAAUUGGGCUCCUUCCUCCCAAGAUACCUACCACUGAUCAAACAUCAUUCUAUAGCAUAAAUUAAUACAGCCUCAGCAUCUGACAUAUUCAGAAAAUGUAAACCCAUAGAUAACUGCUCUUCAUUAACUUCAGGAUUAGUUCCCUUUUCCUUUUCUUUGACCAGACAAUUUUGCAAAAGUAAAUAUCUAAAACCCUCAAAAGCAGAGUAGCAGAUUGUACUUUUUUCCUGCUGAAAGGCUGCCCUAUUGGGGGGGGGGGUACUUGAUCACAUUAUAACAUUGCAAAACAGUCAGAGUGUAAUUAACCUGUGUUGCUUAACAUUCCUGAUGUGGCAAUUGUUUAAGACAUGGCUUUAUAAGGGACCAAAUGAAAGCAGUGAGUGACACAUGAUGCUGUGAAUUUCAGGGUACCCACCAGGGGAAGGGCAGAAGGAAGGCCGGGAGAGGUAGUUUUGGAGACAAGGCCAUGUUCAGUCUGAAGAUUCUUCUACUUCUGCUCUUACUCCAUGAGCAGCUAUCCAAAGGCUUUCCAGUACCUUCAGAAUCUCCAGAAGAGAAAAAUGCAAAAAUUGCUCAGGAUUACCUGGAAAAGUUCUACCAAUUACCAACGUACAGAUAUAAGUAUGAAAGGAGGAAAAGCGCUAGUGAGAUUGUUGAGACGCUUAAAGAAAUGCAACGAUUCUUUGGACUGAACGAGACAGGGAGGCUAAAUAAUGAAACCCUGGAGAUGAUGAGAAAGCCUCGCUGUGGAGUGCCCGAUAGCGGCGAUUUUAUGUUAACCCCAGGAAACCCCAAGUGGAAACAAACCACCCUCACCUACAGGAUUAUUAAAUAUACCCAACAAUUGCCAAAGACUGAUGUGGAAAGCAUUAUUGCAAAAGCCCUUCAACUCUGGAGUCAAGCAUCACCCCUGAAAUUCAUCAGCACCUCAGAGGAAGAAGCAGAUAUCAAGAUUGCUUUUGUCCAAAGAGAUCAUGGUGACAAUUCUCCAUUUGAUGGACCCAAUGGAAUCCUUGCUCAUGCCUUUCAGCCAGGCCCAGGUAUUGGAGGAGAUGUUCAUUUUGAUGCAGAAGAAACAUGGACCAAAACCUCCAAAAAUUACAACUUGUUUCUUGUUGCUGCCCAUGAAUUUGGCCAUUCCUUGGGGCUGUCUCACUCCACUGACCCUGGUGCCUUGAUGUAUCCCAACUAUGCUUUCAGUGAACCCAGCACGUACUCGCUCCCACAAGAUGACAUCAAUGGCAUCCAGGCCAUUUAUGGACCUUCAAGCAACCCUGUCCAACCUACUGGACCAACCACACCCAGAGCCUGUGACCCCAGACUGACGUUUGAUGCCAUUGCCACACUCCGUGGAGAAAUAAUUUUCUUCAAAGACAAGUACUUCUGGAGAAGGCACCCUCAACUACGCAGAGUCGAACUCAAUUUUAUUUCUCUGUUCUGGCCGUCCCUGCGAAAUGGCAUACAGGCUGCCUAUGAGGAUUCUGACAAGGACCUGGUUUUCGUAUUCAAAGGCAACAAGUACUGGGCUCUGAGCGGCUAUGACAUUCAGCAAGGUUAUCCCAAGAGUAUAUCAAACUAUGGCUUCCCGAGCAGUGUCCAAGCAAUUGAUGCAGCAGUUUCCUACAGGGGAAAAACAUAUUUCUUUGUAAACAACCAAUUCUGGAGAUAUGAUGACCAAAGACAAUCCAUGGACCCAGGUUAUCCCAAAAGCACAGCAAGUACUUUUCAAGGAAUAGAAAGUAAAAUAGAUGCAGUUUUCCAGCAACAUCACUUCUUCCUUUUCUUCAGUGGACCAAUAUAUUAUGCAUUUGAUCUGAAUGCUCGCAGAGUUACUAGAAUUGAUAGAAGCAAUAGAUGGCUUAACUGUAGAUAAAGUGAAAACAAAAUCAAAUGUGUUUGUAUCGAUUUUCUGAAUAUGGAAGGGAAGUCUAAUUUGCAUAUCUAUUAUAGUGUGUCCUAUUUAUACUUUUCUCAAUAAUAAGUAAUGUUGUUUGCUAUCACUGUGUUAUUGGACCUACCCUCAGUGAAAAUACAUUUGGCAUAUUCCACUGCUUGCAGUGUUUGAUUUUGCUCUCACAUGCUCCAUCUCAGGUGAGUGAAUCCAUCACCAGAAGGAGGAGAUUAAGCCUUCUUUUUCACCCCGGUAUUCAUUAAUUCAUUACUUGCUUCUGACUUCUAAAAUGACCAUUUAUUUUUAAGUCUUAAAUGUAUCUGCUACAUGUAAUUUAGCCCUGGAUUUCAGUUAGAAGUAAGCAUUAUGAACAACAUUAACAGUACCCCUUGCCUUUACUGAAAAUGUGGUAAUAUUUUCUACUCCUGGAAAGAAAUAAUGUUGAUACGUGUUGUGGGUUGAAUUGCGUCCCUCAGAAAAGGUAUGUUGAAGUCUUAACCCCAGGUAUCAAUGAAUGUACCUUAACUGGAACUGGCAAAUUUGUAGAUGUAAUUAAUAUGAGGUUAUACUGGGUUUGGAUGGGGCAAGAACUGGUGCCCGUAUAAGAAGAGGAAAGACACAGACGCACAGCUGAGAAGGCCGUGUGAAGACAGAGACAGAGGUUGGAAUAAUGGAUCUAUGUGCCAAGGAUUGCCAGCAGCCCCAGAAGCUAGGAAGAGGCAAGGAAGCGUCCUCUCUAGAACCUUCAGACAGAAGAGCGUGACCCUCUCGACACCUUGAUUUUGAAUUUGUAGCUUCCAGACUGUGACAAAAAAUUUUUAUUGUUUUAAGCUACCAAGUUUGUGAUACUUUGUGACAGCAGCUCUAGGAUGCUAUAUAGUACCUCUGUACUUAAGAAAAUGAACAGAAAAUUCUGAAUGACAGAAUUUACACCCUGGUAAAGAUUACUGGCACUUUCCCAGAGGUACAGCCAAAAGUAGGGGUACCACUGCCUCUCCUCCAUGGCUUCUGGAAUCCAAGCAGAUGGGCUACCUAGAUCUGCUCUUAUUUCUUUUUUCCCUGGGAUCCUCACAAGGACACACUCUACAGAUAACUGGGGUUUGUCACACAAAUGGAACAGUGCUGGGCACAGAAGUCAAUACAUCUCAUUUAAACUGAAUUAAACUGAGCUUAGAUGAAUAAAUUGCUAAUGGUUCUUUUCUAUUAAGAACUUUAAGACUUGUAGGAUCGUAAUGACUAAUCCAAACGUUAAAAUCACUGUAAUGUCACGUUUGCAGUUGUUAGAAUGUAAUGCAGCUUAUUACACAAUAAAUGUGUGAAAUGUAAAA